CUUUCUGUCCAUCGACAAAAUCACACCUCCUCCAUCUCAAACAUGGCUGUAGUCAUCGAGGAUCCCUGGAAAGAGUCGGCCACUGCCCUAUUUGCUGGCAUUGGUCUCCUCUACAUUUCCCUGAAAAUCUUCAGCUUUUGGAGACUGAUUGCUAGUCUGUUCAUCCUGCCCGGGACCUCUUUUGGUCGCAAAGGAACCUGGGCUGUUGUGACUGGUGCUUCCGACGGUAUUGGCAAGGAGUAUGCCUUGCAACUUGCAGCUAAGGGCUUCAACAUUGUUCUUGUCUCUCGCACACAGUCGAAGCUUGACACUCUGGCCUCCGAGAUUCAGUCCAAGUACACUUCUGUCCAGACCAAGACUCUUGCUAUGGACUUCUCGCAAAACCUCGACUCCGAUUUCUCUGCUCUAAAGGCUCUGGUAUCCAACUUGGACGUCUCCAUCCUCAUCAACAAUGUUGGUCUGAGCCAUGAAAUGCCCGUUCCUUUCGUUCAGACUCCCGAGAAGGAGCUCAAGGAUAUCAUCACUAUUAACUGCAUGGGCACCCUCCGUGUUACUCAAGUUGUUGCACCUGGUAUGGUACAGCGCCGUCGCGGUCUGAUCCUUACUAUGGCCUCUUUCGGUGGUGUUCUCCCGACUCCACUGUUGGCCACCUACUCCGGCAGCAAGGCUUUCCUUCAGCAAUGGAGCAGUGCUCUGGGCUCUGAGAUGAAGCCCCACGGCGUUCACGUUCAGCUUGUUCAGUCCUACCUGGUAACCUCGGCAAUGUCUAAGAUCAAGCGCGCCAGUGCUACUAUUCCCAACCCCAAGCAGUUCGUCAGAGCUGCUUUGGGUAAGAUUGGCCGCUCUGGUGGUGCUCAGGGUAUUGCAUACACCAGCACUCCUUACUGGAGCCACGGCAUCAUGCAUUGGGCGCUUGGCACUUUCACCGGUACCAUGAAUUCCAUCGUUUUGGACCAGAACAAGGGAAUGCACGAGAGCAUUCGUAAGCGUGCUUUGAGAAAGCUGGAGAGAGAUGGCAAGAAGGGCCAGUAA